UUUUUUUCUUCUUCUUUGCUUUUUCCAUUCAAAAAAAAAAAGACGACUCAAAAGCAUGUUUCGACAGAUAUGUCUACAGGUGCGCCAUAAUAACACCAUAAGGAGAAGAUUACCGUUUAGGAUUUAUUCUAAGCCAACAAUAAUAGGUAUGAAACCAACCAGCAUGGCACAAUGUUCAAGACAGUUGACAACAAGAACGACAAGGAUACCUCAGCUUGUGCAAUCUAGUGAUACAGUGACGGAUGUACUUGAACAAGUAAAUACUGAAAUAAACAACAGCAUUGGACAUGAAUUACUUGAAAUAUAUGCAUCAGAAGGACGGUGGCACGAUGCACAAGAAGUAUACGACAAGGUAUUCCGAUACAGCAACGACAAUGAAAGUGACAUUCGUACCAAUAUGAUAACGUAUGGAUUAUUGAUGGAAGCCUAUAUUCGAGGGGGUCAAGAGGAUGAUGCUAUGGAAAUAUAUUAUAGUCUGAAGGAUCAUAUCGAACUUCAUCCUACGACAGCUCAACAAAAAGGACUUGAAUUGGAUGCACGUUUUUAUACCCGACUUAUUACCGCGUUGACAACGAAUUCAAGGAUAGAUGAACAAAAAGAAGAAACAAUAUCUCGUGAUUUUGGUUAUACGGUAGAUGAUGGUGCACAAGAAAUUAUGAAUGUAGAAAAGGAUAGCUCUGGUGGAUUACGAUUAGCAAUGAUAUUAUUUCAAGAUAUGCGACAACAAGGAAUGAAUGUAGAUAGCGCGUGUUAUUUGGCUCUUUUACAACGAUGUGGAUUAGAACAAGAUAGAUAUUUACUUCAACAAGUACAUCAAUAUUUACGAAUGGAUGAUACGAUUGAAUUGGAUGAUUCAAUGGUUUAUGCAUUGAUGUCAGCUUAUCGACAAUUGGGGGAUGAAGAUGCUAUGGUAUUUGAAAUUUGGGAAAGUAUGGGUAACAAGAAGAAUAUGCAAGAGGAUAUGAUUACUUUGAUAUUGAAUAUGUGUCGGGAAAAGAAAUACAAGCUUCAUGCAGUCCGAGUGUGGAACCAACUAUCUUCAAUGCAGAAAUCUAAAUCAAGUUAUCCGUUGAUGGUGUCGUGUCUUUGUGAAGCUGGGGAAUGGAAUCAUGCCAAAGAAAUUGUACUUAGUCAACAACAUCAAGAUCAUCAUACUUACAAUGAAUUGGUUGAAUUAUUGAUACAUUAUGGAAAAGAACAAGGUCUUUCUUCUGAUCACUGGUUGGAUUUGAUGUAGUUAUAUAAAUUAGCAUAGAUAGAUUGAUAGAUAGAUUAUUAUUAUUAUUUUGAAUUGUAUGUAUUCUAUAUAUAGUGAUGAUGAUGAAUAAAAAAA